AUGCACCUACGCGCCGAACACGCCGUCACUGACCUCCCCACCCUACACACCUUUAUCCGCACACACCCCCUCGGCGUCCUAACCACCUCGCUACCAUCGGAGAACUUUCCUACGUUACAGUGUAGUCAUAUUCCGUGGGUAUUGGACGGUGUGGAUGUGGACGGGGACGGGGACGCGGGGAAGAAUCUUGGCACACUACGCGGCCACAUUGCGCGCGCAAAUCCGCAUACAAAGGCUUUGAUCGAAGCCGUUAUGGAGGCGGGGGCGGGGGUAGAGACCGGUCCUAAUUCGGUUGUGAAGCAGCAGCAGAAGCAGAAGCAGCAGGGAGAUCGACAGGGUCAGGGUCAGGGUCAAGACGAGGAAGAGGACCAAGAGCAGCAGGGGAAACUUGAAGGGCAAGGACAAGGGCAGGUACUUCCUGGCGAAGUCCUGAUUGUAUUUACCAGUCCAGUGGAUCACUACAUCACGCCGCAGUUCUAUACAGCGUCGGUUGGGAGUGGGAGUGGGAAGGUUGCGCCGACGUGGAAUUACGCCGCAGUACAGGUGUAUGGGCGAAUGGUUGUUUACCAUUCUGUGAAGGAGAAGGCGACGGGGGGAGUUUCUUACUCGGCAAUUGGGAGAUUUGGCGAGGGUUGGGGAGGUGGAGAUUAUGGGAAUGGCAGUGUUGGGGGUGAUGAAUCUGAAUCAGAGCAGGGGCGAUCUCCGUGGAGGAUUGCUGAUGCGCCGGUGGAGUAUAUUUCGAUGCUGAAGAAGGGGAUCGUGGGGAUGGAGGUGGAGAUCACGCGGGUGGAGGGAAGGUUUAAGGGGAGUCAGGAGAAAGGUGUUGCGGAUCGAGAGGGUGUUAUUGGUGGGUUGGAGGGGAUGGGGGGUUCGAGGGCGACGGAGAUGGCUGAUUUUGUGAGGGAUAUGUCUGGUGGUGUACCUAGGGGGUAG